CAACAAAAGUCUCAGUAGCUUGAAGCCAGACGCAAAAUCUAAACCCCUUUGAACCUUUCGUUUCAUUUUUGUCAGUGCGUUAUGCACAUAUGUCAUAUUGACUUGCGCCAUUCAAUUUAUAAUCAAGUUGUUGUUAUUAGUCAGUUAGUUGGCUGGUUAAGUUAGAAGUAGCCUAGUUACUUAUGAUAGCUAGCAAAGUAGCAAACAACCCCGAAGAUGAACUCACUAAACCGCUCUCCCUCUGCUAAAGAAGAGGUCUGCUGGACAGAGAAAACCGGUCUGUGGCUGAACAUUGUCGUGAAAGAAGAAGAGGAUGAAGUCACAGUAAAUACUGAAGGAGAGGGCGAGGAUGUGAUACGAGAGGAAGGAGCGUUCGGGGUGAAAGAGGAGGAAAAUGUUACGGUAAAAGAAGAGGAAGGAGACGUUUUUGGAGAGAAUGAAGAGGAGAUGACUGUCACCUUAAAAAGAGAGGAUGAAGGUCGGAAUACCGGAGAUCUGAAUAACACCAGAAAGAGAGGUGACUAUCCUGAAUCCUCUGGGGAGCCUCAACAACAGCAAGAUUCUGACAAGGACAACAGUAUCCUACCCCUCCCAUCCUUCCCUGAGUCCCUGGGUCGUGUCUCUGUCAGUAGGACUUUACUGUUGGGUCUGAAGAGGGUGUCAGUGAGGCUGGUGGACUGCAGGAAACCUCUGGGGCUCAAUGGAACCAUGAAAGGAGGAGAGGGAGAUUUAAUGUGUCAAAGAGAGAGACGUGGCUAUCCUGGAUCCUCUGGGGAAACUCAACAACAUCAUGGCAAGACAGAGAGUCUCUCCAGAUCAGAACACCUCAAGAAACACCAGCAGAAACCCACAGGGAAGAAACCUCACUGCUGUUCUGAUUGUGGCAAGAGCUUUGUGACUUUAUCUGAAUUGAAAUCACACCAGAGAACACACACAGGAGAGAAACUUCAUAGCUGUGAUCAGUGUGGGAGGAGAUUCACUCAGCUAUGGAACCUGACAAGACACCAGAGAAUACACACCGGAGAGAAACCUUACAGCUGUGAUCAAUGUGGGAGGAGAUUCACUCAGUUGGGACCACUGACUACUCACCAGAGAACACACACAGGAGAAAAACCUUAUAGCUGUGAACAGUGCGGGAGGAUAUUCCCUCAUUUGAGUUCCCUGACUAGACAUCAAAGAAUACAUACAGGAGAGAAACCGUAUGGCUGUAAUCAAUGUGGAAAACGAUUUACUCAGUUGGGACAGCUGACUAGACACCAGAGAAUACACACAGGAGAGAAACCUUAUAGCUGUAAUGUUUGUGGAAAUAGUUUUACAACAUCAGACCGGCUAGUAGUACAUCAGAGAACACACACAGGAGAGAAACCAUUCCACUGCUCUGAUUGUGGGAAGAACUUCACUAGCUCCUGUGGACUGUUAUCACACCAGAGGACACACACAGGAGAGAAGCCAUAUAGCUGUGAUCAAUGUGGGAGGAGAUUCACUGAAUUGAGCAACCUGAAUAUACACCAGAGAAUACACACAGGAGAGAAGCCUUAUAGCUGUGGUCAGUGUGGCAGGAGAUUUACUGUAUUAAGCAAUCUGACUACACAUCAAAGAACACACACAGGAGAGAAACCUUAUAGCUGUGAUAAAUGUGAGAGGAGAUUCACUGAGUUGCGGAACCUGACUGCUCAUAAGAAAAUACACACAGGAGAUAAAUCAUCUAGCUCUGAUCAAUGUGGGAAUGGUUAUUCUGAUUCAAAGCCUCUGAUUAAACAUAAGGAAAUGCACACAGACAAUUCACAGUGUGGAAUGAUCCCUUAGGUGUCAUCCGGAUCACAUCAUCCAGAGGUGUCAUCCGGAUCACAUCAUCCGGAGGUGUCAUCCGGAUCACAUCAUCCGGAGGUGUCAUCCGGAUCACAUCACCCGGAGGUGUCAUCCGGAUCACAUCACCCGGAGGUGUCAUCCGGAUCACAUCACCCGGAGGUGUCAUCCGGAUCACAUCAUCCGGAGGUCUCAUCCGGAUCACAUCAUCCGGAAAGGUUUCAUCCAGAUCACAUCAUCCGGAAAGGUUUCAUCCAGAUUAUAUCACCUGCUGGUCUCAUCCUGAUGAAAUCACCUGGAGUUUGGCAGAGGCCAUUGUUUUAUCUAAAACAAGAUGUUUCAUUGACGUCCUUCACCUCUAGACCUGGAGAUGUUUCUAUUAUGUCCUUCACCUCUAGACCUGGAGAUGUUUCUAUGACGUCCUUCACCUCUAGACCUGGAGAUGUUUCUAUUACGUCCUUCACCUCUAGACCUGGAGAUGUUUCUAUUACGUCCUUCACCUCUAGACUUGGAGAUGUUUCUAUUACGUCCUUCACCUCUAGACCUGGAGAUGUUUCUAUUACGUCCUUCACCUCUAGACCUGGAGAUGUUUCUAUUACGUCCUUCACCUCUAGACCUGGAGAUGUUUCUAUUACGUCCUUCACCUCUAGACCUGGAUAUGUUUCUAUUACGUCCUUCACCUCUAGACCUGGAGGUGUUUCGGAACAUGAGCUGUGCAAGCUAAUGUUGUCUGACAUCCCCUACAAGUAUGAUGAAGGAUUUCUUUAGGAGAUGCUUUUUCCAUGGAUACCAAUCGAGACAGGAAUUGUUUUGAUCUAGACGUCGUACAUAGUGUAAACAAUAGACAAGUGGAUUUCUGUUGGUGUGGGUCUCUAAACAUUAGGAUGUUAGAAGGAAAUAACCCAUAAUUGACUGCAUAAAAGAUGAAUAAUGUAAAUAUUAUACUGAAGGUUGAGAUACAUAAAGAUGAAUAAUAUAAAUAUUAUACUGAAGGUUGAGAUACAUAAAGAUGAAUAAUUUAAAUAUUUUACUUAAUGUUGAGAUACAUUAAGGUUAAUAAUGUCAUUACUAAACUGAACAUUGACAUACAUAAUGGCUAAUAAUGUAAUUAAACUGAACUGAACAUUAACAUGCUUGAAGGCUAAUAAUGUCAUAAUUAAACUGAACAUUAACUUAAAGGAUAACAAUGUAAUUAUGUCAAUAACUGACUGUUGAGAUCUCCAUAAUAUCUACAGUACCGUGUUCUAAAUGUCAGAGUUUUGUUAACCAUGUCCUGAGGAUCUCUGAAGUAUUUUAUAUAACUUUUGUUGCAUUAACUAAUUUAUUUAAUCAAUACAUAAUUUAAUAUAAACCUGAUAGUUUGAAUCACUAAUUACAGGCCCACCUGCAUUUAGUUUUCUCUAUGCCAAGAUAACAUCAUCUGAUAUAAUGUUGGAUGAGGAGAGAGAGCAGGCAAGGGAUCUGAACAUACAUCCAUUCAUCCAGAUCCUUCCGAAUCCUUGGUCUUGUUUGUUCACUCUCAUCUUCAGCUCACCCCUCAAGUUGCUAAUGGAGUUUGAGAUUCAGGGGACUGAGAUGUCCAAUAGAAAUGCUUGAUUUGGUGGUCACAGAGAUAUGUUGGUGUGAAUCGGGAGGAAUGCUUUGGUCAUUGUGCUGUAGGAAGUGCCAACAGCCACCCAGUUUCAGCCUCCUUGCAGAGUCACAGAUUCUCCUAGUACUUGACAAGAGUCCAUAAUGUCCGUGAUGUCUUGUAUCCUGACACAUUUUCCCAAAUCUGGGAGCAGAACGUCACAUCCACUACCAUACUUCAAUCAAUCAAUCAAUCAAAUGUAUUUAUAAAGCCCUUUUUACAACAGCAGUUGUCACAAAGUGCUUUACAGAGACA